UUUCCUCCUUGCCAUGAACAGAUUCGGAAUAGAGAGGCAAAGAACUACUGAACGAUGUCAAAGGAGAAAACCCAGCUGUCGCGCAAUGAUUGGAUUGCCCUCCAUUGCUCUCUGCUGGAAGAGGAGAGGAAGGCGGAGGUCAGCGCUGCGCAGUCCGAGGUUGAAGGAGCAUCCCUCAAAGUACUAGAGGCAAGAGGAGUGGUUUUAGGGCAUUUAGUUAUCAGCGAGAGAUCUACUGGGCUCUAUGGACGUCCUAUGAUCACCUUUGUCCCUGCAAGGAAAGAUGCUGUUUUACCCGCAAAUAAUUUUUCUUCAGGUGAUAUUGUUGGUGUAUGCGAGAGUGGAUCAGGCCAGAAGUGUGCAACGGGAGUGGUGAAGUACGUCUCGCAGAAAAACAUCCAGAUUGUUCUUGACGACGAUGCUGAUGAGUUGGACAACCUUAGUGAUGAUACACAAUUGCGACUGAACAAGCUAGCAAAUGAUGUAACAUACAGAAGGAUAAAAUCAGGGCUGAAUGAGCUUGAAAAGUUGAUUAAUGGCCCAGCUGCCCACACGGUGUCUGUGCUGUUUGGUGAAUCGCCUCCAAGGUCUAUCGCUCCUUCCUUACCACCGCAACUAAAGGGAGCUGAAGACAAAAUACAGCUUUUUAAUAAAAACCUGGACAAUUCGCAGCGGGAGGCCGUCGAGUUUGCCAUUCAGAGGAGCGACCUAGCGGUGGUCCAUGGCCCUCCUGGCACGGGGAAAACUACGACCAUCGUGGAGGUCAUUAGGCAGCAUGUCAAACUCAAGUCGAAGGUACUAGCCUGUGCCCCAUCAAACCUCGCUGUGGAUAACCUGGUAGAGAGACUAGCGGCAGCCAAGGUUCGUGUCGUGCGUGUGGGUCAUCCGGCCAGGGCCACUCCACUCACCCAGCGCUAUACUCUGGACUGUCUUAUGCACCACAGCGAUGAAUCUCAAUUACUGAAGGACAUUCAUCAGGAUAUUAACGACCAACUUAAACAACUGAAGAAGGCCAGAGACAGAGGAAAGAGGCAGCACAUCAGGAGGGAAAUCAAGACAUUUAGGAAGGAGUUAUAUGAAAGGGAGAUGAGACUCACGAAGCAGAUCCUGAUGAACAGCGAUGUAAUCUUGGCCACCCUCACGAGUAGUAGUAAUGAUGGUCCCCUGAAGCUCCUGAGGGAGGAUUUCUUUGAUGUGGUGGUCAUUGACGAAUGCUCGCAGGCAAUUGAAGCUGCCUGUUAUAUGUCCCUCCUCCGAGCCCCAAAGCUGAUAAUAGCCGGCGAUCACUGCCAGCUUCCUCCUACCAUUGUAUCCAAAGAAGCAGCAGAGAAGGGCUUGGAACUCUCACUCAUGGAGAGAAUUAUAAAUCAAUGUGGGGAUGAGGUAGUCAGGAUGUUAACCAUGCAGUACCGCAUGAAUACUGACAUCAUGCAAUGGGCAUCGACAGCCAUGUACCAAGAUCGCCUCAUUGCACACUCCUCUGUAGCCUCGCAUCUUCUUCAUCAACUACAGGGAGUGACGACCAAUGAAGACACAGAGCGUUCCCUGGUUCUGGUGGACACGGCGGGGUGCGACUGCCUGGAGCUGGACACGGCGGAGGAGCAGAGCAAGGGCAACGAGGGCGAGGCCGUCAUCGUCAGCCACUACGUCAGGGCUUUGCUCGAGGCCGGGCUGCCCGAGGAGGACGUGGCUGUCAUCACGCCCUAUAAUCUGCAGGUAGAGUUGGUGCGGGGGCUUCUGCGCGAGGACCACCCCAGGGUCGAAGUGCGCUCCGUGGACGGCUUCCAGGGGCGCGAGAAGGAGGCUGUGGUCAUGUCUCUCGUGAGAUCCAAUAAACAAGGUACUGUGGGCUUCCUGAGUGAGAACCGUCGUCUCAAUGUAGCUGUGACUCGCGCGAGAAGACACUUGGCUGUUGUCUGUGACUCGGAGACAGUAGGCAAGGAUCCUUUCCUCAAAGGAUUCCUGGAUUACAUGGGGAAGCACGCCCUUGUCAGGACAGCCUACGAGUUUCAACAUGAAAUGGAAACCACUGAAGUUGCAACUCCAGAAUGUUUAUCCCUGAGGCCUAAAGACGAGAAGAAAGACAAAAAAUCGGACUCGAAGAACAAAAAGACCAGCGACAAAAGGGACGGGAGAGAAGGCCCCAAGAAGAGAAAGGGCGACGCGAAGCCCAAGUACAAACCCCCGACCGAGGAAGAGAACCAAGAGAGGCGCCAGAAGUACGAGGCGAUCAUCAGGGAGUUCGUCAGUUCCUCGAGCAACGUCUACCAGUUCCCGCCGGGCUUGAACUCCUUCGAGAGACGUCUGAUUCACGAGAUCUGCGACGCGCAAGGACUCGUCCACCAGAGUCAGGGGGAAGGGAGUGACCGGUACAUCGUGGUUCAGAAGGCGGGGACGGGAGAGAGCGCCGAGGGAGGGAAUUGGGACGAGAAGAAGGAGGGGGAGAAGGAAAAGGCGGAUGAGGAAAAGAGGGAUAAAGAGAAAGAGAUUUUACCGGGAAAGAUAGAGGAAGGAGAGAAAGAGGAUGAGCAUAUAGAAGAUGAAGAGGAGGAUGAACACGAUGAAGAGGAAGAGGAAGAACAAGAAGAGAAUGAAGAAGAAGAAGAGGAAGAAAAAGAAAAUAAAGAAGAAGACAGUGAAUUCACAAAAGAGAAGGAAAACAAAGACAGCCCCACAGCCGAUGGAGGUGCCAUCCCAAAGUUGAAGAACCUCACCCUCAACAACACCAAACCACGCAUUGCAUUCAUCAACGGGAUGUAUCAGGAAGUCAACAGGAAGGGUGAUAAGAGUAAACCUGAUGAUAACAACGGCAAAGAGAAUGAGAAAUCAACGGCACGAUGCCAGAGCUGCGGCAAAGACAUCUUGCAACAGAACUUCAGUGUUCAUAGUGCACAGUGUGAGAGGAAGAUGAGGGCAAGGAAAGAGGAGAUGGAAAAGAGGAAGGCAAACCAGAAAAAUGCAAAGAAGAAAGAUGAGAGGAGAGAUAACAAGCCAGGAAAGGGGAAGAAAGAGGAAGAAGAAGAAGAAGACUUUGAUAGUCUGAUUGCUCGCUUCACAAAGGAGGAUAACACGUGUUCGCAACCGAAGUGCAAGACACCAACCACCGUUAUCUUCCAGCAGUGUCCGUUUUGCAGGAAGACCUACUGUUUGACGCACCACAUGGCGGAGGUUCACGGCUGUGGCGACGAGGCUAGGAAGCAUGCAAGGGCGAUGGUGAUACGAGAGGGAGUACUGUACCCCGGCAGCGGAAUUCCUUCUAAAAAGCCCAAAGACAGCAAACGCAAGCAGCUGCAGAGAAACCUUGACAAGAAGCUGGGCGAUCUAACUAGCCAGAGACAGAGCAAGAAGCCCGGUAAAGAUAAGGACAAGGGCAAAGGCACAAAGUGAUAAAGAGUUCGAUAACUGGGUCCUCGGUUUUCAAAAGGUGUCUUUCAUUAGCGUCCUAGCGUGUUGUUUUGCGUGCUUGAUUAGGUCACUGGUGCAGAAGGAGGGUGAAUGUGGUUGUAUAUGUAUUGUGUGUGUGUUACUUCCUGAAGGUGUUUCAGGAUAUACUCGUGUGUGCUUGUUGUUUACAGUUAGCGGUGAGAAACGUUACUUAAUGCUCGCGUAUUUUGAUAAGUGAUGUUUGUAGAUGGUUGAUGCAAAUGUUUUUUUUUUUUAUUGUUUGAAUAUAAAUACAUUGUUAUGCUGUGGAGAUAUUG